UCUGAAUCCUCAUGGACCGGCUCCGGGGAUAAGUUUGACAAAUCAUGGUGCAUCCGGUGCGCGGCAAUGAUGCGGAGCAGAUUGGGAAAACAGAGGGUGCAAAUCUGUUAUACAGUCCGAAGAGGGCCAUGGCUGAGCUGAGACACUCCAGCUCACUUGGAAGCCGAGCCACUUCUUCUCCCUUGAAGCGUGACGGCGAUUCAUCGCCUCUGAUGCCCGAGACUCAACUACUCGACGACGACGACGAGCGUGACCGUCAUUCUUCUAAGGAACGUGAUCGACCCCUUUUUUCUCAUUUCCAGCAUCUGUGUCCGUUCUUUAAUGACGAUGCUAGGGUUUCCUCGCACAAUUCCAGGAUCUCUCUCUUUUUGCUUUUCCUUUUAGUUCUCGUCGGUUUGGUCACAGUAUUUUCAAUUGUGAAUAAAUUGAAUGCCCCUUACUUAUGUAAAAAAGAUGGGAUUGUUCUUCACUGCCCCCGUGUCAAAGAAUCACCUUCUCUUUGGGAAAAUCCUUACUCUGCAACAACAUCUUGGAAGCCUUGUGCAGAGCGCCGGGACGGUGUUAUUUCAGAACUUCCUCUCGAAAAUGAGACAAGUGGCUAUAUUUUCAUCCAUGCUGAAGGUGGUCUAAAUCAGCAAAGAAUUGCGAUAUGCAAUGCUGUGGCUGUUGCAAAAAUAAUGAAUGCCACUCUUAUUUUGCCUGUGUUGAAGCAGGACCAAAUUUGGAAAGACCAAACGAAAUUUGAAGACAUUUUUGAUGUAGACCACUUCAUUGACUAUCUGAAGGAUGACGUUCGGAUUGUCCGUGACAUUCCUGCAUGGUUUACUGAUAAAACAGAGCUCUUUACAAGUAUAAGACGGACGGUGAAAAACAUUCCAAAAUAUGCACCAGCUCAAUUUUACAUUGACAAUGUUCUGCCCAGAAUCAAGGAGAAGAAGGUGAUGGCUUUGAAACCUUUUGUUGACAGGCUUGGAUAUGACAACGUUCCUCCAGAAAUCAACAGGUUGAGAUGUAGAGUCAAUUAUCAUGCUCUGAAAUUUCUUCCUCAUAUAGAGCAGAUGGCUGAUUUACUGGCAUCGAGGAUGAGAAACCGCACUGGCAGUUCAAAUCCUUAUAUGGCUCUUCAUCUUAGGUUUGAGAAAGGAAUGGUGGGUCUGUCGUUCUGUGAUUUUGUGGGGACAAGAGAGGAGAAAGCUAAAAUGUCAGAGUAUAGGAAAAAGGAGUGGCCUCGACGGUACAAGAAUGGUUCGCACCUAUGGCAAUUGGCCCUGCAGAAGCGAAAGGAAGGACGAUGUCCUUUGGAGCCCGGAGAAGUGGCUGUGAUCCUUCGUGCCAUGGGUUAUCCUAAGGAAACUCAAAUUUAUGUUGCUUCUGGACAAGUGUAUGGUGGACAAAACCGGAUGGCACCCCUAAGGAAUAUGUUUCCAAAUCUGGUUACAAAGGAGGAGUUGGCAACUAAAGAGGAGUUGGAUCCUUUUAGAAAGCACGUGACAAGCCUAGCAGCUCUGGAUUUCUUAGUAUGCUUAAAAUCUGACGUGUUUGUGAUGACCCAUGGAGGCAACUUUGCUAAACUGAUCAUUGGGGCCCGUAGAUACAUGGGUCACCGGCUCAAAUCAAUCAAGCCGGACAAGGGGCUAAUGUCCAAGUCUUUUGGGGAUCCCUACAUGGGGUGGGCUACCUUCGUAGAAGAUGUCGUGGUUACCCACCAAACGCGAACUGGAUUGCCAGAGCAGACUUUCCCUAAUUAUGACCUCUGGGAGAACCCGCUGACUCCUUGCAUGUGUAAAGCCUGAUUACAGCAAUUUUACCGGUCCAAGUUUACACUACUUGAUCCCUGUGCCUCUCCAAGAAAUGUACGCCAUCCAAAAAUUAGGUGGUUAGCUGGGGAUCGUCCCUGGGAACGUCAGAAGCGAGGGUGGACUGUUUAGUUACUUUUUCCCCCAGGAACCGUUGUAUUAUCAUAUCAUGAGACGACACCUGUAUUUUGUCUCUGCAUCUAACGUGUAGCAGUUUUGUUAUUUCUUCCUGUUAAAAAGAAAUUGAUUUUCUCUUUGGAAAAAAAA